ACUUUUGGAGUGCUGGUACAACACUACAAAUGGAAGUUGCAGUCAAACACUGCAAUAUAAAAAUAUAUAAAAUUACCUUCAGGUUACAUGUAUAAGGUGUGUAUAUAACACAUGUACGUUUCAUGUUUAGACUUGGAUCUGAUCCCCAAGAUAACUCAUGUGUGUGCAUAUAUCCUCAAAUUUAGAAUCUGAAACACUUCUAGGCCCAAGCAUUUCACUAUAAGGGUGUUUAACCUAUACAUAGUUGGUGCUCAGUAAAGUGUCAUCAUUAUUUUUACUUGUUCAGUAAUCUGUAAGGACCUUAACAGUUUAAAGUCUGUGAUUUGGUGUUUGCUAUUAUGCUUGUUUACCUUAUGGCUGAGUAAUUAAUGCAAUUUAACUUUUUUUUUUUUUUCUUUCAGGACUCAAAUCCUGGUUAGCCAUGUGGGAUGUAGUUUCCUCAGUAUAGUGUUCAAUUGGUGUGCUAUGGACUGUCUCCUCAUGCAAACAUAUAUUCCUCUUUUCUUGUCAAGAUACAGCUUUAGAAGCCAUUUCUUACCAUCUGUGGAAACUUCUCUAUAACUCAUUUUUCCUCACAUCAGUAUAAAGAAUUAUACCAAAUUGAAAAGAUAUGAAUGAGUAUCCUAAAAAAAGGAAAAGGAAGACUUUACACCCUUCUCGUUAUUCAGAUUCUUCUGGAAUAAGCAGAAUUGCAGAUGGAUUUAAUGGGAUUCUUUCUGAUCAUUGUUAUAGUGUCUGUUCUAUGAGACAGCCAGACUUAAAGUAUUUUGACAACAAAGAAAAGUCUGCUGAUGUUGAAAUUUGUGAUGAAGACUGCGACUCACCUGAAUCAGUAAACCAACAAAUUCAAGAGGAGAGUCCUAUAGAAGUGCACACUGCUGAAGAUGUUCCAAUUGCCGUGGAAGUGCAUGCAGUUUCUGAGGAUUAUGACAUAGAGACAGAAAACCAUUCCUCUGAGAGUCUCCAGGACCAAACUGAAGAAGAGCCACCUGCUAAACUUUGUAAAAUUGUUGACAAGAGCCAAGCUUUGAAUGUGACUGCCCAGCAGAAAUGGCCUUUACUGAGAGCUAAUAGCAGUGGCCUCUAUAAAUGUGAACUUUGUGAGUUCAACAGUAAAUAUUUUUCUGAUUUAAAGCAGCAUAUGAUUCUGAAGCAUAAACGAACUGACUCAAAUGUAUGUCGAGUAUGUAAGGAAAGUUUCUCUACCAACAUACUUCUGAUUGAACAUGCCAAGCUACAUGAGGAGGACCCAUACAUUUGUAAAUACUGUGAUUAUAAGACAGUAAUUUUUGAGAACCUCAGCCAGCAUAUUGCAGACACCCAUUUUAGCGAUCACCUCUACUGGUGUGAGCAGUGUGACGUGCAGUUCUCCUCAAGCAGUGAGCUCUACCUGCAUUUCCAGGAGCACAGCUGCGACGAACAGUACUUGUGUCAGUUCUGUGAACAUGAAACCAAUGAUCCCGAGGACUUGCAUAGCCACGUGGUAAAUGAGCAUGCGUGUAAAUUAAUAGAGUUAAGUGAUAAAUAUAACAGCGGAGAACACGGACAAUACAGCCUCUUAAGCAAAAUUACCUUUGACAAAUGUAAAAACUUCUUUGUAUGUCAAGUAUGUGGUUUUCGGAGUAGACUUCAUACAAAUGUGAAUAGGCAUGUUGCUAUUGAACAUACUAAAAUUUUUCCUCAUGUUUGUGAUGACUGUGGGAAAGGCUUUUCAAGUAUGCUAGAAUAUUGCAAGCAUUUAAAUUCACAUUUGUCUGAAGGGAUUUAUUUAUGUCAAUAUUGCGAAUACUCAACAGGACAAAUUGAUGAUCUUAAAAUUCAUCUAGAUUUCAAGCACUCAGCUGACUUACCUCAUAAAUGUAGUGACUGCUUGAUGAGGUUUGGAAAUGAAAGGGAAUUAAUAAGUCAUCUUCCCAUCCAUGAGACAACUUGAUUAUGCUCUUUAUUUUAACUUACAUGUCAAUGUAAAAUAAUAAAUUCAGCUUUUUUUUGAGAUGUUAAAAUGAAUGUUUUAAAACAACUUAUUAGAUUUGCCUUAAACAAGUAAAAUUUUUUAUUUUAA